AGAUUCACAACAAAAAUGACUCACGACCAGUGUUAAACUAAAUAGUUUGUACAAUUUGUUAAAUAUAAGCGUACCGCUAUACGAAGUGCGAAAUGGGAUUAUUUGGCAAAACCCCUAGCAAAGACCCCAAAGAACAGGUGCAAGAAUGGACGCACAAGAUACGAAAAGAGGGCAAUCAGUUGGAUAGGCAAAUACGCAGCAUACAGCGAGAGGAGGAUAAGGUGAAACGCUCUCUCAAGCAGGCCGCGCAAAAGAGUGAUAGGGACACAUGCAUCAUUCUUGCCAAGGAAAUCGUGAAUGCCCGCAAGGCCAUUAAUCGGAUUUACACAUCGAAAGCGCAUCUGAACUCCGUACAGAUGCAGAUGAAAAAUCAAUUGUCCACAUUGCGGGUUGCUGGUUCUUUACAAAAAUCCACGGAGGUUAUGCAGGCCAUGCAGAGUCUCGUUCGAUAUCCGGAACUCGCAGGCAUUAUGCGUGACAUGUCCAAGGAAAUGAUGAAGGCUGGCAUAAUUGAAGAGAUGCUGGACGAGACCAUGGACUCGCUGGAUGAGUCCGAAGAGUUGGAGGAGGAGGCAGCCAAGGAGGUGGACAAAGUGCUUUGGGAAAUUACGGACGGUAAAUUGGGAGAGGCGCCAUUGCCACCAGAAGCAACGCCAGCUGACAAAACGCCAGCAGCUGCAUCCCGCGUCGAAGUCCAGGUCGAGGACGAUGACGACGAGGGCGAAGAGCUGCAGGAGAUGCAAAGUCGCCUGGCUUCGUUGCGCUCAUAGAUUAAUUUCAGUAAAGGGGCGUAGAAGUACAUAAAUACAUAAGCAUAGCAAUGUUUCGAUUCGAAUUUGAAAAUUAAGCUUGUGAUUGUUUCUCAUAGCACCUUGCACGCCACCCAAAACUCAAAAUAUUGCAUAAUAUUUACCCCGACAGUUGAUUAAAAACAAAAACGAGAUAAGGGUCAAAAUCGAUAAACAGUUUUUUAUAAAAUAUUUCUUUUUGGUUCAUAUUGUGUUGAACCUGAAACUAUUUUAACUUUUAAUAUAACAAUUUUACAUAUUAUUUAUUGCGUAAUUUAACCUGUAUUAAAUGUAAAAAAAGACACUUAAGUUAAUUGUUGGAUUUUAAUCAUAAUUAUUGUAAGGGAGCACUUCAAAAAUUCCCUCGAAAAAUGGAAUGUUGAGCAGCUUUGUAUACUAUUUUGAAGCAUAUUUGUAGGCUGAAUACGAAAAUGAUUUGUUUCCCUUGCCUGAAGCCCAACAAAUAUAAUUUUUGCCCCUUUUCCAAACACUAGAAACUCGAACCAAUUUGCAAGGAUAUGAUUAUUGUUUUUUGAUAAGUAUAGUUGACAGACUUGUGCUUCGAAUUCGAAUAUUUAUAUUUCUUAUUUGCCGCAUGAUCUUCAAUCGCAAUUAAAUAUAUAUGAAUAAAAUAAAUGAAUGUUAUCAAGGCUUCAGCGAAGUUUGUAUCCAGUCCACAUAAGCCCCGACACGACUAUAGACA